AUGGAGGAAAGUUCAAGUUCUGAGACGCGGAAGCGCACGCGCACGGAGUCGGAGGCCGGGCCCAUAGGAGAAGCGGGAACCAAACGAGAUGAGGAGUUCUGGUUCAAGGAUGGGAAUGUUGUCCUGCAGGCCGGAGGAGUCGCGUUCCGCGUCUAUCAAGGUAGCCUGUCGCUGAACUCUGAAGUCUUCGCCGGGCUAUUCUCCGUCCCGCAACCGACGCUGACGGAUACGUUCGACGGGUGCCCCGUCAUUGAACUUGCGGACCACCCGGAUGACCUGCGACACCUCCUGCGUGCUGUAUUCGUUGACCAAACGUUCUACCGCCAUAACGCACAACUGCCUUUCGUCGUCGUUGCCUCUGUUGUCCGCCUCGCCCACAAGUACGGCAUGGAGCACCUGCGGGAUGAUGCCCUUGAACGCAUGAAGUCUUGCUUCAGCGACGACUUACACGUCUGGGCGAAGGCUGAGGCUAGCGAGGGCAGCGCCCUCAUGACCUACGAUUACACCGACGCCAUCGCCGCCGUCAACAUCGCACGACUCACGGAGACGCAGUCUAUGCUGCCUUACGCUCUAUACACGUGCUGCCAGCUCGACACCGAGGUCAUCCUGAACGGAGUCCCGCAGAAGAACGGCACGACCGAGCGGCUCACGCAGGAGGACAUUCUGAGGUGCCUCAAUGCGCGGAGCACACUCGUCCACGACAACAUCAUCUUCGCAUACCUCCUCUUCACACCAACCUUGCCACUUGCGUGCGCAGAUCAGGUUUGCCACGCGUCGCUGCAGUGCCUCGCCCAGGCCAACUUAACCUUCGAAGGUGAACUAGAGGACCCCACAUGUCUAGCAGAUUGGAUCACUUGGCUGGCUCAUAACGAGCAGACGCGCAGUUACAACAAUCUCUGCCUCAACUGCCAGGCAUACAUGCAGCUGAAGGCGAGAGAAUUGCGCUCGGAUAUCUGGCUUCGGCUCCCACAUAUCUUGAACUUGGACGUUCGAGUCAGAGACCCAAGUGCGGAGGACCCUUAG